AUGAGUCGAAGGUCAUCUUCUUUAUCAAGAAGAAACAGUGGAUUUAGAUCAAGACGUAAUUCAACUUCUUCACAAGAUUCUCAUUAUGAAAAUAAUAAUCAUGAAAUGUUUUCUGGUGCUGCUUCUGAAGUUAUUCCAUCUUCAAUUACUUCUUUACAUUAUCCUCAUAAUUUUGGUGGUAGAAGAGAUCUGCAUAUUUCAAGAGAAACCUCUCCUUUAUUAUUAAGUGAUCAUGAAUCAGUAAAUUCAAGAAAAUCCGAUGAUCAACCUCAUUUUCGUUUUUUUACUCCAGAUGAAAUUGAAACUGCGCAAGGUGGUUCAACUUUAGAAAAUCCAGAAGAUCCUGUUGAUUAUAAUACAAAUUGGGAUUACUCAGUUGAUAAAUUUUCGGAAGAUGAAGAAGUGCCAGAAAUUGAUUUUCAAUCACCUGAACCAGAAUCUGUAGAUUAUGGAUCAAUGGAAUUGGAAAGAAGACGAACAGCAAGUAUAUCUGAAGAAUCAAGUCAUUCUGUAAAAAUUGAUUAUAAUUUUUAUAAAGAAUAUCCAGCAACUUUAGAUUAUCAAAGAUAUUAUUUAGCUGAAGAAGAUUUGGUUAUUGGUAUAGCUGGUUAUCAAAACUGUUGGUGGAAGAAAAUUAUAUAUUAUUUGUUAUGCAUAUGUACUAUAGGAUUAGGUUAUUUAGUACUUCGAUGGCUUCCAAAAUAUAGAGUUAAUAUAAUGGGGAAUAGAUGUGCUUUGGGUAUUGCACAUUGGGUUGUUAUUGAAAAUGAAUUUGGUGAAUUGCAAAUUAUAGAUGUUAAAAAGCAAAAAUUUGAUGAAAGAUUAGCUAGUUACAUGGUAACUAAUGAAACAGAUCCAGUGAUACCGAUACUACAUUCAUUUGUUUACAGAUAUAUCAAAUUUUUUUAUAAUCCUUUGGAAGAUAUUUUCAAAACUAAUUCAAAUUGGUAUGAUUCACGUUGGUUAAAUGUUAAAACUACAAAAGAAGGUAUAUCACAAUCAUUACAAGGACAAAGAUUGAAUAUAUUUGAUGAAAACAAGAUUGAAAUUGAAGAGAAAUCAAUUGCACGAUUAUUAAUAGAUGAAGUUUUGCAUCCAUUUUAUGUUUUUCAAGUAUUUUCAAUAUUUUUAUGGUUAGCAGAUGAUUAUUAUUAUUAUGCAUCAUGUAUUUUCCUUAUAUCCUUAAUUUCAAUAAUCAAUUCCUCAAUUGAAACUAAAUCAACAAUAAAUAGACUUCAAGAAAUUUCAAAAUUUUCAUGCGAGAUUAGAGUAUGGAGAAAUGAAUUCUGGAAACAAACUGAUUCUACAGAUUUAGUACCUGGUGAUGUAUUUGAAGUUGAUCCUUCUUUAAAUGUGAUUCCAUGUGAUGCAUUAUUACUUAAUGGUGAAUGUGUUGUAAAUGAAUCAAUGUUGACAGGUGAAAGUGUUCCAGUAACCAAAUUCCAAGCAACAAAAGAGACUGUUAAAUAUUUACCUGAAAAUUUCAUAGAUCCAGUCUUAUCAAAAUCUUAUCUAUUCAAUGGGACAAAAUUAUUGAAAAUGAGAUCAUCAAAUGAUGAGCCAGUAUCUGCAAUGGUUUUGAAAACGGGGUUCAAUACAACCAAAGGAUCGUUAGUUCGUUCAAUGUUGUUUCCAAAACCAACAGGUUUCAAAUUUUAUGAAGAUUCAUUUAAAUAUAUUGGGUUUAUGACUUUGAUAGCUACAGUUGGAUUCAUUUAUUCUACUUAUAACUUUAUAAAAUUGGGUGUUGAUAAAAAAGUGAUGAUUUUGAGAGCUUUGGAUAUUAUUACAAUUGUAGUACCACCUGCAUUACCAGCAACAUUAACUAUUGGUACAACAUUUGCAAUUUCAAGAUUGAAAAAAUUACAAAUAUUUUGUAUUGCACCUACAAGAGUCAAUAUAGCAGGAAAAUUGGAUUUAGUUUGUUUUGAUAAAACUGGUACAUUAACUGAAGAUGGGCUAGAUGUUUUAGGAAUUCAUUUGGCAAAUAAUGCAAAAGGUAGAAAAGAAAUUAUAUUCGAAGAUUUGGUUGAGGAUAUUGAUAAUUUAAAAACUGUUAGAGAUAGUGAUCGUGAUACAAAUAAUGCUUUAUUUUUCCUUGGAUGCAUGGCGACUUGUCAUUCUUUGAGAAAUAUUGAUAAUGAAUUAUUAGGUGAUCCAUUAGAUGUGAAAAUGUUUGAAUUUACAAAAUGGGACUACAAAGAAGAACAUAAUCCAAUUGUAUAUAAUGGAAAAGAUAGUUAUAAAAUUCUUAAAGAGUUUGAAUUUUUAGCAACAUUAAGAAGAAUGUCAGUUUUAGCAAAUAGAGGUAAUAAUUAUGUAUUCACAAAAGGUGCACCUGAAAUUAUGUUAGAUAUAUGUGAUCCAAAAUCGAUUCCUUCAAAUUUUGAAGAAUUGUUAUAUCUGUAUACACAUUCUGGUUACAGAGUAAUUGGAUGUGCUUAUAAAGAAAUAGAUGAAACUAAUCCAAUAAGAGAAGAUGCAGAAAGUAACUUAACAUUUGUCGGUUUCUUAAUAUUCCAGAAUAAAUUAAAACCUUCAACUAAAGGUACAUUGGAAAAAUUAACUGCUGCUAAAAUAAGAACAAUUAUGUGUACGGGAGAUAAUCUACUUACUGCAAUUAGUGUUUCACGAGAAGCUGGUUUGAUACCUACUUCAGAUCAAGUUUUUGUUCCUGUAUUUGAUAAUAAAGAACAAUCUUUGUUCUGGCAAGAACUCAAUGAUGCAGAAAAUAGAUUAGAUUUAUUUGAAGUCAAUAGUUGUAAAUUAGCUAUCACCGGUGAUGUUUUCAAAUUCUUAUUAACAGAAAUUAAAAAUCCAGAAUUAACUCAAAAGAUUUUAAUGAAUUGUGAUAUUUUUGCAAGAAUGUCACCAGAUGAAAAACAUGAAUUGGUUGAACAAUUGCAGAAAAUUGAUUAUACGGUUGGGUUCUGCGGUGAUGGUGCAAAUGAUUGUGGGGCAUUGAAAGCUGCCGAUGUUGGAAUUUCAUUAUCUGAAGCAGAAGCAUCAGUUGCAGCACCAUUUACAUCAAGAAUUUUUGAAAUUACAUGUGUUUUAGAUAUUAUAAAAGAAGGUAGAUCAAGUUUAGUUACUAGUUUUUCAUGUUUCAGGUAUAUGUCAUUAUAUUCAGCUAUUCAAUUUAUAUCAGUUACAAUUUUAUAUAAAAAAGGUACAAAUUUGGGAGAUUUUCAAUUUUUAUACAUUGAUUUAUUUUUAAUUUUACCAUUGGCUAUAUUUAUGUCAUGGUCAAAACCAUUUGAUAAAUUAAUAGUUAAAAGACCAACUGCAAAUUUAGUAUCACCAAAGAUUUUAAUACCUUUGAUUUGUCACAUAUUAGUUUUAUUAAUAUUUCAAGUGUUUUUAUGGUUAUGGGUUAAAAAAGAACCAUGGUAUAUCAAACCAAUACCUGGGUCAGAUGAUGCUGUUAAAUCUUCAGAUAAUACAGUUUUAUUUUUAUUUUCAAAUUUUCAAUAUAUUUUAAUUGCAAUUGUUUUAAGUCAAGGUCCACCAUAUAGACAGUCAAUGAUUAAAAAUAUACCAUUUAUUAUUAAUAUAAUAAUGGCUACAUUAUUAUCAGCAUCAUUAUUUUUAAUUAAUCAAGAUUCAAGAUUGGGUAAUAUUAUGCAAUUGACAAAUUUAUCAAAUUGGUUUUAUAGUUAUAUAUUAUUUUUUGCACUUAUUAAUCUAUUUAUAAUGUUAUGGGGUGAAGAAACUGGUUUUCCUUUAUUAUCAAGAGGUUAUAAAAGAAUAUUUCAAAAACAUAAAAUAGGUAAAAGUAAAAAACUAUUCAAGAAUUUGAAAAAGGAAUUUACUCAAUUAGAUGUAUAG